AUGUAUGCGGGAUUCGCGAUUGGUCCAGCCGUUUUCGACUGUUAUAUGAGGGCAAAUAUUAAAAUUACGGGUUACAUGUGUGAAACAUGUUAUAAUCGGACACUAGAUAGGGAUUUGCUCGGAAUUAAGGGAAUUGAUGACAAUUAUGAUAGACUAAGUUCGUUUAUCCGGUUUAUCUUAGCCGUUUUCGACUGUUAUAUGAGGGCAAAUUAUGAAUUUGUGUUGAAAGGUUGGCAUGAUCUUCUACAUUUUGUGACGAUGUUCCACAUAGCUUCUACACAUUUGUACAUCAUGGAAGAUACAAGUAUCUUUUCAAGAGAAUUUCUUAACGGACAUGAACAUCCCGAGGAAUUCAAUGCGAUAAUAACCUGGUUGAAUAACAAUCUUCACGACAUGCCCUCGUUUUGGCAGGAACUAAGUGUUCUUCAUUCAUUACCCAAGGAUACUCCGGAUAAGGAGGAUAUUAAGAAUGUUCGUCAACAACAAGCAAAAACUGAAGUAUUUCGUAGAAUACGUGGUAAUCUUGAUAAUUAUUGCAGAGAAGUUGGCUACAAGUAUAAAAUAAAAGUUCAAAUUGUUGCUGGCAUAUUUCGGGGUGUCUACUUUCUCAAGAAACCGGACUGGGUUACUAAUAAUAAAAGAAUGGAUGUUAAUUAA